UCAAGACUCAUAAUCAAGACUCAUAAUCAAGACUCAUAUGUAAUCAUGGCCAUCGACGAAUCGCUACGAGAAACUUAUGAAGAGAAACAGCACCAGGCUGCCUACGUUUUUGACCCCUUAGACGGAGUCGAUGGUGCAAGUAGACCUGCGAAAAGGAGGAAGGUCUCAAAUCGGCAAAACAAGACAGAAGCGCAGGAACCAGAUGCUUCGCUAACUUUCCAACCCCUUUUUGGUGGUUCCGAGAAUGAGCGCUGUGUUCGCCUCCGUCAACAAUUAUUUGAGACGUCUUGGUCUCAAAUUGAUGAGAGGAUACAACGUAUACUGCGAAUGACAAACCAAUCUACAUUAGAUCAGGUUACCUCAUUUCUGCAGACAGUUCCUGAUCAUGCAUCCACGGGCAAGAUCCCUUCUGCCUUCAUUAUCACCGGCCCAAAUUUAGCUUCUCAGGAUCUCUUAUUUGAGCAACUUUCAGAAGCUCUACAGGUCAAAGUAGAUGCAAAGGUGGUGCGGCUAAGAUCCGGCGAUGCGUCUAAUCUGAAGGCUGCCUUGAAAAAGAUUAUACAUAAUGUAACGGCAAGAGAGACAGAUGAUGAAAACGACCUAGAGUUAUCUACGGGCAAAGAUGGACGUAAAUAUCUAAACUACGAUCUCGAGGCUCUCCAUGCUCAUCUCAAAACCAGCCCCCGUCGCCAUAUCAUCAUCGCGUUUCAAGACAGCGAGGCCUUCGAAAGCGGUUUACUGUCUGAUCUCAUCUCACUCUUCAGCUCAUGGCUUGACCGAAUCCCAUUCUCUCUACUCUUCGGAGUGGCUACCUCGGUAGAGCUAUUCCAAGCAAGACUCUUAAAGUCUACUUGCCAGUGUCUCUACGGGGAUCAAUUUGACGUCGAGCAAUCAACAUCGAUUAUUGAGAGGAUCUUCAAGGCUGCUAUCGCACAUUCAGACGUUUCACUACGAUUAGGUUCUUCCCUCGUCUACGAUCUUCUAGAGCGUCAACGGGAUCAAGUGUCGAGUAUUCCAGUAUUUGCAAGCUCAUUGAAAUAUGUUUACAUGUGUCACUUUUACGCAAAUCCUUUGACGGUCUUCUUAUCUGAUGGCAUAAGUGCCGAUAUAUUUCAGGAUGCACAUAUAGAAGCGAUGCGAUAUCUGCCAUCAUUUCGUCGACACGUAGAGGCAGUUAUUAAGAAGGGUGAAAUAAAGCAGGCGAGAUUACUUCUCGACGACGAUCAGCACCUUGGAGCACUUCUAAAAGAUUCUCUACGAGACUUCCGUCGGUGGUCAUUGAAUCUUCUGCGCAAACUAAAGAUAUUGACCGCUAGUAACGUUUUGUCUCAUGAUUUCACUACGCUUUAUCUAGAUGCACUUGCUCGCGGAAUCGACUCGGAACAAAUCGCCCAGUUUUCAGAAUCAAUAAAGCGGAUGCAACCUGCAGACAGUAUCACAUUUCUAAGUCGGAUAUUAUCCGAUAUUGAAAAUGGAGACAUCAACCUAGGCUUAGAUCGUUGGACUAGUGAAGCUGAGGAGUCAGUCUCAUAUUUUACCAGCUUACUGUCUAGCGUAAAAGACUUGCAGGCGAAUGCCGAAGAACAAGGGAAUGUUCUCCGAAGCAAGUACAGCGGGCAGACUAAGAUUUUAAGAACGACUGUUAUUGCUCAAAAAGUCCAGCUCAGCGAAGAUGCAGCAGCUCUCACGGAUGAAGACAAGGCCUAUACGAAUCUUAUGGAUGGACUUGUUGAGCAUCUAAAGGGGAAACUCAGCAGCGAUAGCGCAAAGGAUCUACUCUUCAAUGAGCUCUGGUUCUUUGAUUCAAAAUCCCCUUACAGGGAUGUAUUUAUCCCGCGACCAAGAGGGGUUGUUGAGCGGGCAUUGUCGCGCCCUCACGACUAUCUCAAUUGUUCUUGUUGCGAGACAAAGGGGGACCGCAUUAUGCCGUCGCUCCCUACAGCUUCCAUAUUAUAUCAACUCUAUCUUGAGACUGGCUCUCUUGUCAACGUCGCCGAUCUUUGGUCUGCUUAUUACGGAGUUGUUGGUGAAGAAAACGAAGAUGGGCUCGACGAGCAGUCUGCACUUGUUUUGUUCUAUCGCGGGUUGGCCGAGAUGAAAGCCAUGGGUCUCGUUAAGCAAAGCAGGAAGAAGGCGGACCACAUAGCCAAGCUUGCCUGGAAGGGAUUCUAGAGGGAAGAAGGGCACAUAGAAUUGGACCAUCUAAGAAGAGUCAAAAAUAGUAGCGGGUUUUGUUUGGUUACGCUUAGGGGCAGUCAGCUGACACAAUGGGGGUUCUAGGUGGAAGAAAUCAACAGAUUAGUUUUAAACCCGUCCAUAGAGGAACUAUUUACAUCUUUAAUAUG